AUGAUUCCUCUUAUGUUUAUUGGCUAUGUGACAUGUCUGAUCCUGGUUCAUUUGGAAGCUCAGACUCCAUCACCGUCUUUGCAUUUUGAAUCGGUCAACAUCGGCUCAAAUGUGACUUUAAAGUGUUUCCAUAAAGAAACCGAUGGAGUGAUUUUCUACUGGUAUAAACAAACUCCAGGGCAGAAACCACAGCAGAUGUCAGAGUUUUAUAGAUAUAAGAGAAAUGGCUCAUUUACUGGUGAAUUUUGCAACGAUCCACGAUUUGAGCUGGAAACUGGCAAAGAUAAAAACCACUUGAGGAUCUCCAAUGUGCAAAUGUCAGACUCUGCUACUUACUACUGUGCAGGAAUUGAUACAUAUCUGUAUAAAUUUCUAGAGGGCACUACAGUCCAUGUAAAAGAAUCAAAUCUGAACAUUUGGACCUUGGUCAAUCAGUCCAGAUCUGAGAUCAUGCAGCCAGGAGGUUCUGUGACUCUGAAGUGUACGGUACAAAGUGGGACCUGCGAUGGGCAACACAGAGUUUUCUGGUUCAGAAACUCUGAAGAACACCUUCCAGAGAUCAUUUACACCAAUGGAGCCGGUGAGGACCAGUGUAAGAAGAAGCCAACCACACAGGCACACAGCUGUGUGUACAGCCUCUUCAUAGAGAGUCUGAACGAGUCGAGUGCUGGGACCUACCACUGUGCCGUUGCCUCAUGUGGACACAUUCUGUUUGGAAAGGGGAUGCAGCUGGACCAUGAGAAACAGUCUGACUCCCCGGUCCUGCUGUACGUCUUGAGUGGAGCUUUAGCAUUCAGCAUCAUCAUGGUGGUAAUUCUGGCUACAAGUGCAAAUGAUCACGAGGAUGCAGAGAAUCUCCAUUAUGCUGCUUUAAACAGUAGUAAACUCAGCAGAUCGAGAGAGAAGAGGGACGCCAUCAGUGAAGUUGUGUACUCCAGUGUUGGGCCUCAGAACUGA